AUGGCGGAAAAUCGUGUCCGAAAUCGAAAACAAGUUUCACAUCCUUCAUAUGCUCUUAAUACAAAUACAAGUGGUAAUACAAAAAAUUAUUUAUAUCCUGUCUUUAAUAAUGAUAAUAAUAAUAAUAGUGAACUACAACAACAACGGUUGACCUGUGCUCGUAAAAGACCUGACAGUUUAAUCUGUAGUAUUUGUGAAGGACCAGCACAUGGUUAUAAUUUUGAUGCCAUCACAUGUGAAUCAUGUAAAGCAUUUUUUCGACGAAAUGCAUUAAAAUCUAACGGAGAAUUUAAAUGUCGAAUGACUAAUGGUCGAUGUAUAAUUACAGUUGCAACCAGAAAACGAUGUAAAGCUUGUCGAUUAACAAAAUGUUUGGAACAAGGUAUGAGAGCUGAUUGGAUAUUAACUGAUGAAGAACGUUUAAAUAAACGAAAAAAAAUCGAAGACAACCGUCGUCUUCGUCAAAUGCUUUAUCCAGAUUCAUCAGAAACAGAUGAAACACAAAUGAUAAAAACAAAAGAUGAACUAUAUGAUGAUGAUGAUGAAGUAGAUCAUGAUAAUAAUAUCAUUACAUCAUCAUUUAUAACACAAGCAAGAUCAUUAUUAUCAUCGGAAGAUUUAAAUAAAAUUCAACAAAUUCAACAAGCAUAUAUUGAUUCUGUUCGUUUAAUAUCAUUACCACGUGAACUUCCAUCAUAUCCACAAUCAGUACGAAUAACUCAAAUAUCAGAUAUGAUUAAUUUUCCAACAAAUAUUUUAGCAACUCGUCUUAUAACAUAUUUUAAACUUUUGCCUGAAUUUUCAUCUUUAAAUGAAUAUGAUAAAUUAAUUUUAAUUAAAUAUAAUACAUUUCCACUAGUAUUUAUUCGUUCGGCAUUAAAUUAUGAUCCAUUAACCGAUAGUUAUCAUGAACCUAAUACAGAUGAUUGUAUUUUUUCUGGUCGUGAUUUAAUUCAAUGUUGUAGUUUACAUCAAUAUGAACAAUCAACACAUUGUAUACGAAAUUUAGUAAAUGCUUCAUUCAAUGAUCGAUUUUUAUUAGAAGCAUUAUUAAUUAUUAUGUUAUUUUCUAAAGGUUCAUCAAUAUGUACAUUUACAGAUGAAGUAGAACCAAUAGCUCAAGAUAUUUUAACAAUAUAUAAAACACAAAAUGUAUUUAUUGAUUUAUUAUGGAAAUAUUGUGAAAAUAAGUUUGGAUUUUCUAAGACAAUAAAAAUUUGGUUAAAGCUUACAGCCUUAUCCAUGGAUGCACAUUUACAAGCAUAUAACACACGGCAUGAUUACGUUAAAGCUAAUUCUGUUGGUGACCAACUUUCGCCAUUGAUGAAAUCAGUUGUGUUAAUUAUUUAG